GUACCACAUGAGUGCAGCUGACAGCUAUCAGUGAUGCAUUUAAUUCUGCAGCCUGAAUAAGAUAUUUUAGGAACUACUUUUGUUUUAGAUAAAACAAAAUAAACAACUGUAUUGACAGACAUUUGUUUUACAUUUCUUUAAAGGGUUUAUAAAUGCCAGUAAUAUUGUGAUUAGCUUUUUUAUAGCGAGGUGUAACUGUGCAGUCUGGUCUCUUCGGUGAUUUAAAGAUGUUGUAUUUUAUCGGUCUUGGUCUCGGUGAUGCUAAAGACAUCACUGUCAAGGGUUUAGAGAUCAUCCGACAGUGCAGUCGGGUUUAUUUGGAGGCUUACACGUCCAUAAUGACCGUCGGGAAAGAAGCGUUGGAAGAGUAUUAUGGGCGUGAGCUUAUGCUGGCAGACAGAGACAUGGUGGAACAACAAGCAGAUGAAAUCCUAAAAGGAGCAGAUGUCAGUGAUGUGGCAUUUCUGGUGGUGGGCGAUCCUUUUGGUGCCACAACUCAUAGUGACUUGGUCCUUCGAGCGUUGAAUGCUGGGAUACAGUAUCGCGUUAUACACAACGCCUCCAUCAUGAACGCGGUAGGCUGCUGUGGAUUACAGCUGUACAACUUCGGGGAGACCGUAUCCAUUGUCUUCUGGACAGACACAUGGAGACCUGAGAGCUUCUAUGAUAAGAUCACAAAGAACAGGGAUAUGGGCCUGCACACGCUGUGCCUGUUGGAUAUCAAAGUCAAAGAGCAGUCCAUGGAGAAUUUAAUGAGGGGCCGAAAAAUUUAUGAGCCCCCCAGGUACAUGACCGUCGCUCAGGCAGCUGAGCAAAUUCUGGAGAUACUGCAAAACCGACAGGAACAGGGCGAGGAGCUAGCAAUGACUGAAGACACAGUGUGUGUCGGCCUGGCCCGGGUUGGAGCCGAGGACCAGGCCAUCCGUUCUGGGACACUACGUGAGUUGGCCUCCUGUGACCUGGGAGGACCACUUCACUCCAUGAUUAUCAGCGGACACCUUCACCCUCUGGAGGUUGACAUGCUCAAACUCUUUAGCAGUCCAGAAGGAUUAAAGACCUUGAAGAUGACUGAUAGUUCCACAUACGUUUCUUGAUGUCCAAGAGGCUUAAAGGAGCAGUGGUCAUCAAGAAAAUGGUUCCCUUGUCAGAGUUCCUCUGGUGUUUCAAAGGGUACAGAGGAAAGUGCUUCAGUAAGGGACAUUUGUGGUGUACAACAUCAGAGGGUAGCCCAGAGCUGCAGGAGGGUCAGGAGAGCACAAAUCUGUUAUUCCAGAUCAAAUUUGACCACUUUAACCUUCAAGCAUCAGUCAGGCCAGGGUUGCAUUUCAUUACGAGAGAUUUGGGUUGGGAGUGGACUAAUUACUUUAAUGUGUGGCAGUCAUGUUUGUGCUGUCAAAAAAAAAAAAAAAAAAAAAAAAUGGAAUUAUAUCCAAGGAAAUGGAAAGGUUAUUGUGGAACCAUUGCAUCUGGGUUGCAUUAGUGCCUCUGAAAAUCGACCUUUUUGUAAAAUUGGCAAAAUUUGUCUGUACUACAUAGAACUUUCUCAAUGAAGAUGUAAAUAUGAUAAAAGUGAAUUUCAGACUCUUUUGAGCAUGAACCUGCCCAUGUCAUAAUGGGCAAAGACAGAGAUCGAUUUUUGUGCAAUAAAGACUCUCAUGUCACUGCCACCGAUUAUGUCGAAGCCUGACGAAGUUUGUUCAUUGAAUUGCGUAGAAAAUGAGCAAAGUUUUUGUCAGAAAUAAUGUGGCUCUUUGAUUUAUUCACAGCUACUGAUUUAUUUCACAAACAUUUACUGGCCCCUGACUUAGGAGUCAAGGUUAUGUACCUUGAAAGCUGCCAUAGCAAAACUUAAGGUGGCAUGUUAUGUAUUUAUGUAAGCUAAUGAUAAUCUUUGUUUGAAAAGCAUUACAA